GAGUAGCAAGUCCUCGUUAAGCGCUGACGCAUGUGCAUAGCUAACCGCACCCGGUUCAGCUCGCCUUUCUUGGCCAGAGGCGCCGGUUGGACUCACGGGCGGGGCAUGAUGGUGGUGGGUACAGGCACCUCGCUGGCGCUCUCCUCCCUCCUGUCCCUGCUGCUCUUCGCGGGGAUGCAGAUGUACAGCCGUCAGCUGGCCUCCACCGAGUGGCUCACCAUCCAGGGCGGUCUGCUUGGCUCGGGUCUCUUCGUGUUCUCGCUCACUGCCUUCAAUAAUCUGGAGAAUCUUGUCUUUGGCAAAGGAUUCCAAGCAAAGAUCUUCCCUGAGAGUAACCUAAAAUCCUUUCCUGCCCCCAUGAAGAAGUGGAUCCAUGCACUCUGCCCUCCAAUCAUUGUCCAGGGAGCAAGCCCUUCAACGUCCACCACUGGUCACCCAGCUUAAUGAAUUGACUCCCAUUGUCUGGCUUCUUUUGGAAAGGGCUUAACUGGGUUCCCCAAAUGGGAACACACCUUGCCCUUCAGACUCUAUUGUCCAUCACCUUUCCUUUUCCCUUUUAUGGGAGGAAAGCCAGGGUAGGGAAGUUACAUGAGAUUUGGGGCAGAGCUGGUAAAAAAAAAAGCAUACAUCUACAUCCAUGUUCUUUUUUUUUUUUUUUUUUUUU